UACAUUGUGCUACACGCGGCAGAUGCGGUCAGCGCGCGGCUUCGCGAGCUUCAUGGGAGUCCAACGCAGUGCGCUUUCGAGCUCGCAAAAGUUCGCUCCGCGGUUUUUGUUAAAGUUUUAUUUCUGUCCGUCGUAAAGGCGCUUCAUCCCGGGUUGUCAUACUGACAUGCAGGAGUCCAAGACUGAUCAAACAACCAAUAGCAUUCCAGCUGGGCAGGAAGGUCAGAGCUCAGAGAGCGAGAAGAGAGUAACCAGGGAAACGUCACCAUCAGCCACAGCCCAGACCCUGCAAACACAACAUCUUCAGGCGCUACAAGUUGCUCAACAACAACAACAUCAGCAGCAGCAGAAGCAGAGUGGUGAGAAGUCCCCGAAGAGCACAGAAACGGAGGCAGACGCACAGGUGCCUGUGUCGUUGGGAAUGAUAACUCAGGCCAUCACCCCUCAGCAGAUGCAGCAGAUCCUCCAGCAGCAGAUCCUGAGCCCCCAACAGCUACAAUUGUUACUGCAGCAACAACAGGCCCUCAUGUUACAGCAGCAACAGUUCCAGGAGUUCCAUAAGAAACAGCAAGAUGAGCUCCACCUCCAGCUCCUGCAGCAACAGCACGCUGGAAAACCCAGUAAAGAGCAGCAGAUCAUGGCACAGCAGAUGGCGAUACAGCAACAGUUACUCUCCGUUCAACAGCAGCACCUGCUGAACCUGCAGAGACAAGGCCUACUGUCUAUCCCGCCAGCGCUUGCCAGUACACUGCCUCAGGGCCUGAUCCCCGCUGAGCUUCAGCAGUUGUGGAAAGAGACGGCAGAUGCACGACAGGAGGAGAAGAGCAGAGGAGACAAAUCUCCCUCUCCACCCAAAGGCCAGAUCCACAACCAUCACUCCAGCACCAACGGACACAACGUGUCCCGACCGAUCCGGAGAAACAGUUCUCAGGAGAGUCAGUCCCAGAGCGCCCAUCCUCUGUACGGUCACGGCGUGUGUAAGUGGCCCGGCUGUGAUGCUGUGUUCGGAGACUUCCAAUCAUUCCUCAAGCAUCUGAACAGUGAACACGCUCUGGAUGACAAGAGUACAGCACAGUGCCGAGUUCAGAUGCAGGUGGUUCAGCAACUGGAGCUACAGCUCGCCAAAGACAAAGAACGCCUUCAGGCCAUGAUGGCCCACCUCCACGUCAAAUCUACUGAACCCACACCAGCUCCUCAGCCAGUGAAUCUGGUAUCCAACCUCACUCUUGCCAAGGGAACCGUUCCCAAAAGCACUCCCUCUAUGAGCCUGUCCCAGAGUGCCACAGCCCCAUCCACGCCGCUCACAUCACUGCCCCAGAGCCCGUCCGUCAUCAUCCCCACCAGCCUGCACAGCAUGGGACCCUUCCGCAAACGCUACUCUGACAAAUAUAACAUGGCCAUGGACCAAGAUAUAGUGCAGAAUAAGGAGUUCUACCUGAGUGCUGAAGUCAGGCCUCCGUUUACUUACGCAGCUUUGAUCAGACAGGCCAUCUUGGAGGCUCCAGAAAAGCAGCUAACACUAAACGAAAUCUACAACUGGUUCACUCGAACAUUUGCGUAUUUCAGACGCAAUGCAGCCACGUGGAAGAAUGCAGUUCGCCACAACCUCAGUCUCCACAAGUGUUUCGUACGAGUGGAGAACGUGAAGGGGGCCGUUUGGACCGUGGAUGAGAUGGAGUUUCAGAAAAGGAGACCACAGAAAAUCACUGGAUCUCCUCUGGUGAAGAACAUUCAGUCCAGUUUGGGUCAGAGUCCUGCUUUAUCUGCUUUGCAAGCGGCGAUGGUGGACGGCAGUCUGCCCCUGUAUGGCUCUGCGUCUUGUCUGAAGGCCCUGGCCAGCACUUUCCAUGAGGACAUGAGUUCUCAAGAGCAUGAUGAUGGUUCUCACAGCGACUCCAGUCUGGAGCUGUCUCCUCUGCCCACACUGCAUCAGUCUCAAAUUAAAGAGGAGCACAUGGAGGUGGAGGACUAUAACGGCUCGAUGUCUCCAGAGACGGAAGACCAGCAAAGUCCAGACACCAAUCACGAUGCAGAAUACACAGAUGAUCACAGCCCAGCCUGUCAACCAGCUUUAUCCUGAGAUCCUCGCGGGUCCGCAGCCCCUCAUUGAUAUCUGUCCCGUGUACCAACAGACUCUGAACCCUCACACAUGAAAAUGAAAGUCUUUAUUUAUUAUUUCAUUGUACCUGUUUCUGUUGAAUGCAAUGGAUUGACCUCACUGGUACUAAAGGGCUCUCCUCCGUGUUGACGUUUAUACACGACCAAGGUUUGCUCGUCAACUUGCAAAACAUGAAGAGGGGACUGUAGGCUACACACAUUUUGUUUGUAUAUUAAACACUACAGCGCCUGAUUUGAAUCUAUGCGGAGAAUGGUUUCUCUAUCAACUAAAAUCAUUUCACACCUUCAGAUUUUUAGGCGGUCUUGAGACCAGAUUUAGUUUAGCUUUACCGCGAAACGUCAGACUCAGCUGAAUGAAAUGCUUUUCUUUGCAAGGUUGGAAUCACUUCUGCCUCGAUGCUGUUGGUAACGUGCGUCUUUAAAUUUGGGGCUGCUCAUUGGUGGAAUGGAAACCGAAAUUGUGAAUGUCUAUCUUUUUUACCUCUGUUUUUCCAGAAAAACACAAAACCAAAGGGGAACAUUUUCUAACCAGCACUUGAUGAUGAAUGUCUUUUCAAAUUUUGAGUUUUGGCUUCUGUUUUGAUUGUUCGUUCACUAGCGUGUACAGAAGGUUACUGUAUUCCAAUUAUCCAGCACAUUUACAUAGAGACGACACUCGAGAAAUGAAAUCGUCCCUCAACAGUCCCGAUCAUUCAGUUGCUAGCAAAGCUUAACCAAAUGUUUCUUUUGUAUUUGAGUAGUGAUGAGAUUUUUGUCUAGUUUGGUUUGCUUGGUAUAGAAGAACCAUCAACAGUUACCAAAGAUUGUAAAAGUAAUGUUUGAUGUUUUGUACCCUGUUUACAUUGUCCCGUUUGAUCCGGCCAAGACCAAGAAGUCUUCACUGUCUUGUAGAUGAAAGUUUCAGAUGCAUUAAAUGCCCUCAUGCUCAUGACAUUGAGCAGAUUAUGAACUGUAAUUGUGAUCUGACGCCGCUAGUACUUGCUUGACAAGGAAAGAAUGCAUAACCAUUGACUGAAUAACUUAUGAAUGUUACAAGUCCAAACAAAAUAGAUGACCUCUAUUUCAAAUCAACUGUGUCGGUUUGUUCAACACUGGCCUUAUGAUAAAUAAACUCUUAGUAUAAGAAUGUGAAAAAACGAAAUGCUGACGGUGGUUUCUCUUUCAUCAGUUUGAUCCAAACACACUCAAAGUAUUCAAACAUUAUUCGUAGGUAUCAUUUUUUUUAGCCUGCUUUGAUUUUUAAAACUAUUAUGAUCCUGUUUUUGUCUCCGUGUGGAUGGUGGCCCAAUAAUGUAUUUCAUCAGACGUUAUAAUGCAGAUACACACAUCUGUUCGACAAAUAAAUGAGAUCGUGAAAUCAGUA